AGAUUGUGUGAGGAGUGAGGUCAAAUUCUCCUCCUUUGCAUUGGAGUUCCAGUCCAACAACUGCUGGACAUAAACAGCUGCUGAGAUAUCUCGUUUUCCUGUUUCCCACAAAGGAAAAAACAGCAGCUGGGUCUGAAGUGCCUCAACUGAUUUAGGCGUGUUCCUGGUUAUUUCUACAGAUAGAUACCUUCAGUUUCAUCGACAGAAUGCAAAGUAAGAAGGAAGGAUGGACAGUAAACUAUACACUUUAUUCAAAAAUACUAUUUCUUACAUGUUUUGUUAAUGCUUCUACCCUCACUCCUGGCCUUAGAGAAGAAAAAUGUGUCAAUGACCCAAGAUGGCAUACUAGGAAUUGCAUCUGGCUGAAAAUUUUUUUGGGACAGGGAGAUUUCUGGUACUUCAACAAACCUGUGGUUUAAUCUUCCUCAUCUUGCUUUAUGGUCAUGGGAGGUGGAAAAAGGAUGAAUAUUUAAACAGCAGUCUUCAGUCUUGCUUCAAAAUGUCCCUGUGUGCAUCCUCUCACAAGGAUUUUUCUCAGUUGCUGCCACUUCAGGAUAUUGGAGGCAGUAAGACAGAAAUUAAAAACUCACCUGCUAGCAUCGUCUCUCCAGCUCCCUACAGUUGUAAUCAGCCCACACUGACAGCAGAACACAGUCCAGUCUAUAUUCCCUCAUCUUACAUGGAAAGCAGACAUGACUAUUCUGCAAUGGCAUUCUGCAGUCCUGCUAUGAUGAAUUACAACAUUUCCAGCAAUUUUGGUGAUUCGGAGACUGCAUCCACAAGGCAAACGUCAAGCCCCAGUGUGUUAUGGUCUGCUCCCAGCCAUCGCUCCCCUCUGACACUACACUGUCAGUCAUCGCUUCUGUAUGCAGAGCAACCGAAGAGUCCAUGGUGCGAAGCAAGACCAAUGGAGCCUCUUCUACCUGUGACCAGAGAAACGUUGAAAAGAAAAACUAAUGGCAAUGACUGUACAAGCCCAGUUGCAAAUACUCCUGGCUCAAAACGGGAUGCCCACUUCUGUGCAGUCUGCAGUGACUAUGCUUCAGGAUACCACUAUGGGGUCUGGUCAUGUGAAGGCUGCAAAGCAUUCUUUAAAAGAAGUAUUCAAGGACAUAAUGAUUACAUCUGCCCAGCUACCAAUCAGUGCACGAUAGAUAAAAACAGGCGCAAAAGCUGCCAGGCGUGUCGGCUACGGAAAUGUUAUGAAGUGGGAAUGAUGAAGUGUGGCUCAAGAAGAGAACGUUGUGGGUAUCGGAUCCUGCGUAGCCAUCGUAAUUCAGAAGAUCACAUGCAUUGCAUUGGCAAAGCUAAGAAAUACAGUGAGACAGCAACCCGUGUAAAAGAGAUCCUGCUCAGCACAGUCAGUCCAGAGCAAUUUGUUUUGACACUACUUGAAGCAGAGCCUCCCAAUGUACUGGUGAGUCGUCCCAGCAAACCAUUCACGGAGGCCUCCAUGAUGAUGUCCCUGACAAAACUGGCAGACAAAGAGCUGGUUCACAUGAUUGCUUGGGCCAAAAAAAUUCCUGGCUUCAUUGAUCUCAGCCUCUAUGACCAAGUAAGACUCUUGGAGAGCUGCUGGAUGGAAGUUUUAAUGGUUGGUUUGAUGUGGAGAUCAAUUGACCAUCCUGGGAAACUGAUUUUUGCACCAGACCUUGUCUUAGACAGGGACGAGGGGAAAUGCGUAGAGGGAAUUUUGGAGAUCUUUGAUAUGCUUCUGGCCAUGACCUCAAGGUUACGAGAGCUGAAACUGCAGCACAAGGAGUAUCUGUGUGUCAAGGCAAUGAUCCUCCUCAAUUCCAGCAUGUUUCCCUUGUCAGGAGAAGAACCAGAAAGCAACAGGAAACUGCAUCAUCUGCUUAAUGUGGUCACAGAUGCUUUGAUGUGGGUUAUCGCAAAGAGCGGAGUCCCCUCGCAGCAGCAGACCACUCGCCUGGCCAACCUGCUGAUGCUCCUCUCUCAUGUCAGACACGCAAGUAACAAGGGAAUGGAGCAUCUCCUGAGCAUGAAGUGUAAAAAUGUGGUCCCAGUGUAUGACUUGCUGCUGGAGAUGUUGAAUGCACACACUCUCCGAGGGCAAAGGAAGUCCCCAGCCACGCAUCCUGAAUUUGGCCCGUUAGAACAAAUGGAGACUGGAGACAGUCUGCGGAAUGCGGCAGCCCAGUAAUUCUGCUGAGACCUGGAGAUGUGAUGCUUGUUCAAAGCUAUGUGAGAAAACAAAACUGCUGUGUUGGGACUACUGAAGUGUGACCUAGUGCGAGUCCUCAUCUCUUCUAGAUUUGCACAUCGGUAUCUUGGGAAAAGCUUGUGGGAUGCAUGCUUCUGUCCAUAUUUCCGACAUUUUAAUAGCUGCACUUUAACAGUGCCUUUUUGGAGACUCUUCAAAGCACCUUAUGAAAUUAAGCCUCAGAACAGUGCUGCGAGACACGGAAUUACUGCCUCUCCUUUUCAGAGCCAGGCAAACUGUGACAGAGAGCUAAAGGGACUGGUUUAAGAUGACAGAAGUCAUCUGUGUCAGGACUAGGAGUGAGCACCUAGGUUUCUGUCUCCCAGACCAAGGUUUUUAUGUGAUGACUAGUCAAUUUCCUCUUUCAUAGAAUCAUAAUCAUAGAAUAUCUCAAGUUGGAAGGGACCCAUUAGGACCACUGAAUCCAGCUUCCUGCUCCUUGCAGGACUACCUAAAACAGCAUGAGGCUGUAUAAAAUGUAGAGCAGCAUUUUGGGAUAGAUCCGCUUACCUCUGUGUGCUGGUCCCUGGGUAAUCCUGCUUUGCUGCUGAUAUAGAUAAAGUGCUGAGAUAUGUACAAUGUAAAGGAGUUUCUUCUAUUCUUAAAUAUGCAAUGGCUGCAAGGGCCUUCAUUUGAAGGCCAUUCAGAAUAGCUUCUAAGACCAGAUCAGAGCCUUUUCAGAAUUGUUAAACCAAGCUUAAGUUUGUAUUUUGUGAGCCUGUUCUGAACACUCACAUUGUUAUCUGUGUAUAAUUCUUCAGUGCUUUAAAGAAGACCAAACUGCCUGGAUAUUUCAGUCAAUGCUGACCUUUGAAAUGUGUUUUGUCUGUGAGAUUAACAUGUUGUUUUACAUAUUUAUUAAUGAUGUUAUAUCUAUUAUAAUAAUUAGGUACGAGAGGUUGCUUUGUGAAUAUUAACUGUUUGCAUUUGUAUAUGAUCUGCUGAUCUGGGCUUGUGAAAUCAGCUAUAAACAAACCAUCUUCCUUCCCCUUUGGACUUGCUUGUGGAAUUAUGUCCUGCCCACCCGAAACCUCUUCCAGCCAUCUUGCAGGGGGGAGGCAGUGGACUGGAGCAUGAGCUGGGACUUGGUUUUGCCUGCUGCCCUCAGGUUUGCUGCUUGCUUGUUUAGAAAGCGCCUUCUCAUAUCUUGUAUUGGAUGCUUCAAAGAGCAGGGACGGGACAGUCCUGGCACUUCCUUCACUGUGCAAGUGUGAGGCCUUGUUUGAGUUUCACUGAAGAUGUGGGUUUACACCCCCCCCCCCACUGAUUUCUGCAUGUGUUUAAGCUGCACUAAGGAAAAUAAAACAA